AUGAAUUUUAUAGUAAUUUCGCCUAUAUUCAUUUAUCUUUUCCUUAUUUUGUUUUCGGUAAUUUCGUUUACAUUCAAGCACCUUGUCUUUAUUAUUUUCAAUGUAAAUUCGUUUAUUUUCAAGCACCCUUUCUUUAUUUUUUUGGUAAUAUUCUUUAUGAUAUUCAAUUCUUUUAAACAAUUUGUCAUGUUCAUUAUCUGUGUUCUUUUUCUUAUCUUUUAAUUUUGGACUUAACGUUUCUUUAUAUUUUUGUAUUUGAGGAAUGUCAGACGACCCAGCCUCAUCAUUUACUAUUUUAGAAAGAUCCUUUUCCGUAUCCUCAUUUUCAUCAGCUAGACCUUCUUCAAUUGAAGUAGUU